CGGGCCCGGACCCGGACCCGGACCCGGACCCCGACCCGGACGGGAGCGAGGAGAGGCAGCGGCCCUUCCGAGGAGUUAUGGAUGGUGGCGCAUCCACGUCCGGCCAGAUCCGCGCGCAGAGGGAGCUGAGCCGCGGCCGCCACCUCCAGCUGUCCCCUCGCCGCGCCCCGGGUCUCACCCGUCCAGUAUGUUCCUUCUGAUAAGACCAUUCCCAGCGCCGAGAGCUUCAGUACAAUGUGGAAAUGGAUACUGACACAUUGUGCCUCAGCCUCUCCCCACCUGCCCGGCGGCUGCUGCUGCUGCUUCUUGCUGCUGCUCUUGGUGUCCUCCGUCCCCGUCACCUGCCAAGCCCUGGGUCAGGACAUGGUGCCGCCCGAGGCCACCAACUCCUCCGCCUCCUCGCCCCCCAGUGCGGGCCGGCACGUGCGGAGCUACAACCACCUGCAAGGCGACGUCCGCUGGAGAAAGCUCUUCUCCUUCACCAAGUACUUUCUCAAGAUCGAGAAGAACGGGAAGGUCAGCGGGACCAAGAAGGAGAACUGCCCGUACAGUAUCCUGAAGAUAACUUCAGUGGAAAUCGGAGUUGUGGCCGUCAAAGCCAUUAACAGCAACUAUUACUUAGCCAUGAACAAGAAGGGGAAGCUUUAUGGCUCAAAGGAGUUCAACAACGACUGCAAGCUGAAGGAGCGGAUAGAGGAGAACGGGUACAACACCUACGCGUCCUUGAACUGGCAGCACAACGGGCGGCAGAUGUACGUGGCCCUGAACGGAAAGGGGGCCCCCCGGAGAGGGCAGAAAACGCGGCGGAAAAACACGUCGGCCCACUUUCUCCCGAUGGUGGUGCACUCCUAGGGGCGCGCCGGGGGCCCCGCCGGACCCGCGCAGGGCG